AUGGUUCACAAUCCUUUCCACAUGGGCUCUGUGCCUCCGGAGCGCCGGCCGCAGCUGCACUGGGUUAGACAGGAAACGGAGGCACGCGGCACAGGUGUCCGCCGUCCUGCUGGCUCAGGGGCAGUGGCGGUGUUUCACGACGAGGUGGAGAUCGAGGACUUCCAAUAUGACGAGGACUCGGAGUCGUACUUCUACCCCUGCCCGUGCGGUGACAACUUCUGGAUCACCAAGGAGGAUUUGGAGAAUGUGGACGAGGUGGCGACGUGUCCUAGCUGCUCUCUCGUGACAAAAGUGAUCUAUGACCAAGACCAGUUUAUGUGUGCAGAGACAGUCCCAGCCCCUUCAGCCAACAUAAAAUUAGUUAAAUGCUGA